CUCCUCGUCGUCUCCUCCUCCUCAGCGUAGCUAGAGCGUCUCCUUUUGUCUUCCCGGAAGUGGAGGAGAAAGACGGAAGCCGAAGAGGGCCGCUGUAGUAAGCUUUGCGUUUUUUCCUCCUUUCCCCCCACAUUCUGUAUAUUGUUCAAUGAGCUUCUGUUUCUGAGCAUCCAUGGAGGACGACGCCCCAGUGAUUUAUGGGCUGGAGUUCCAGGCAAGAGCUUUAACACCCCAGACCGCAGAAACAGAUGCAAUACGGUUUCUGGUUGGAACUCAGUCUCUGAAAUAUGAUAAUCAGAUUCACAUCAUUGAUUUUGAUGAUGAAAAUAACAUUAUCAACAAAAAUGUUCUACUGCAUCAAGUUGGUGAAAUUUGGCACAUAAGUGCCAGUCCAGCUGAUAAAGGGGUACUGGCAACCUGCUACAAUAAAACUUCAGACAGUAAAGUCAUGACAUGUGCUGCUGUUUGGAGGAUGCCAAAGGAAUUGGAAUCAGGCAGUCAUGAAUCCCCUGAUGAUUCAUCAAGUAACGCUCAAACCCUGGAGCUACUCUGUCACCUUGACAACACAGCCCAUGGCAAUAUGGCCGGUGUUGCUUGGGAGCCAAUGGGAGAUGGCAAAAAGUUAAUUUCUCUGGCUGAUAACCACUUGCUUCUGUGGGAUUUGCAAGAAAGUUCAAGCAAGGCUGUGCUGUCAAAUUCAGUUGCAUUGGAAGGAAAAGGACAAUUAAAAUUUACCUCUGGACGGUGGAGUCCACACCAUAAUUGCACACAGGUUGCCACAGCAAAUGACACAGCCAUUCGAGGAUGGGACAUAAGAACAAUGAAUCAAAUAUAUUGUAUUGAAAAUGCUCAUGGACAACUGGUACGGGACCUAGAUUUUAAUCCCAACAAACAGUACUAUCUGGCUAGUUGUGGAGAUGACUGCAAGGUGAAAUUUUGGGACACCAGAAAUGUCAAUGAGCCAGUGAAGACACUAGAGGAGCAUUCCCACUGGGUUUGGAAUGUCCGUUACAACCAUUCCCAUGACCAGCUAGUGCUUACAGGGAGCAGUGACAGCAGAGUCAUUCUUUCCAACAUGGUUUCCAUUUCUUCUGAACCUUUUGGGCAUCUGGUAGAUGAUGAUGAACUAAGCGAUCAGGAAGACCAUAAUCAGGAGGACAAGAUUAAAGAGCCACUUCAGGACAGCAUAAUAGCUACCUACGAAGAACAUGAAGAUAGCGUAUAUGCUGUGGAAUGGUCCUCAGCCGACCCAUGGCUAUUUGCCUCGUUAAGUUAUGAUGGACGGCUUGUUAUUAACAGAGUUCCCAGAGCUCUUAAAUACCACAUACUGUUAUAAAUCUGUUCAUAUUUUUUGAGCUUCAUUAUCUCAAUAUUGGCUGAUAAUUGAAAAUAUUCUUAUUUCUCAAGUAAGUGUCAUACAUGGAAUAUCAGCAUUUUGCCUCCAGUGUAAAUAUUUAAAAAUUAAAGAACUGCUUUGAAAAGGACAGUUCCCCCCUGUUUUCUGUUGAGUAGUGACUAUAGUUAGGUUUUUAAUCCAAAUAAUCAAGAACAUAUUACGAUGAAACUUCAUUGUUUUCCUGCAAGAAUUAGUUGAACUCUGAGGGUAAGAUCCAAAGUUGUGUGAGCAGAAGGCUUGUGGUACUACCUUAGUUACAUCCUGUUUCAAC